UUCAACUAAAAUUUCAAAAAUAUUUUUCAAAAGAAAUGGCAAAAUUAUUUCUUUUUCUAUUAGUAACCAUUUUUGUUUUCAUUCAAUGCAAUGUUGCUAACAAUAAGGUGAUAAGCGGGAAUUAUGCAGAGUCUGUUUAUGAACCAUCACUCUUCGAAGGAACAACUGUAAAUAAUAAAAACGAGCAGCCCAAAACGAAGGCCAAAAAAGCGGUAUAUAACAUUAAGAAUAAAAUUUAA